UUUUGUUCCAAGUAUCCAACAUGGAGGCGCCGGCUCAAGCUCUCACCUCCUUCAUGAAUGAAACGAAAGAAAGUUCAUCGCAACAAUACAAUGAUGCGCACCUCAUUCAAACAUCGAAAUCAGAUGUCCAGACAUCUUCACCACGAAGCAAGAGGCUGAGGCUGAACAGAACCACCAUUGCCUUCUUCAUCAUGGGAAUCCUCAUCGCACUUCCCACAAUGGUAGUAACAAUGGCAGCAAACCAAAUGUUCGCCGGCAUAACAGGCGUCUACGGGAUCUCACUCUCUUUAACGGCUGCCAUCACCUCAUUUUCCACGCCUCUGUUUGCCCGGUUCCUCCCUUACAACAUCUGCACCUUCAUCUGCGUCAUCUUUUCCCUCCUCUCUUACACAAUCUGCACCCUGCCUUUCCCUUCCCCAUCCUCUUCCAUUACCACUUCUAAAGCAGGCCCUGUCCUAGGAACGAUGUUCGCAGGCUUCGUCUACGCCUUCGGGACCAACACUUAUCUUGCUGUAGCGGCAUUCUUCCCUCAGGAAGCGGUCCUGGCCUUGAGUGUAGGGAGUGGAUUUGCAGCAGUGCUUGGCCCAGCGACUUAUAUGGGUUUCAUGGUGGCUUUUGGACAGGAUUGGAGGAGGAGCUUCUUGGUCUUCUUGCCUACAGUACUGGGUAUAUUGGUCGCGUGGUGGGUACUUAUGAAUAGAAAAUGCAGGGAGGCGGCGAAAAGGUCGAGAUUAGGGAGUAGAGGGGGCAAGACGAUAGAAAGUAUGACGAGUGAGGCUGAGAGAGAUACAGGGAGUGAGGGCGAUACCGAAUCUGCGACGGCAGCAGGGAAAGUCGAACGCAAGGAAGGAGUUUGCAUACAGGAGAGGGAAAGUGAUACGAGUGAAAUGCUCAAGACAGGAUUUAGCCCUCAUCGUACCCGUCUAGGACUUCUGUUCCAAAUCAUCCUACCAAAGUACGUUGCGCCACUGAUCAUUUGCACAACUUCUGCAGUCGAAACUUUAGCAAGAUUCCGAGAAGCUCCGAAGGGAGAUCUACAGUUCCAGAUUUCUUCGCCUACGGAGACGCACAAUUUGUCUUCAGCACCCUCUUCGCUUUUUUAUCACAUCCCGUUCAUCUGGACAUGGACGAUUCUCCAACUUAUCUUGCUCACUAUCGGCAUCAUCCAGCUUUAUCAUCCAUUCUUGACUUACUACGAAGUCUGGGUGAUGGUCAUGUUUCUGGUUGGCGGAUGUGUCGGUGGAGGAUUCAUAAGCACGAAUUACAAGGUAGCUGAGGACUUUCGGAAAGCUGGUGAGCCAGAUGAGGUUCGUAGCUUUGCUAUGAGUUAUGCUGGACUUGGGAAUUUUGGUGGGGAUGCGUUGGGUGGUGGAUUAGCUGUGCUGUUGCAACAGCUUGUUGUCAAAAGUAUUGGGAGUAGAUAA